UGUUACCAAUGGAGCUCCGACUGAGAGAUAACCUGAGGGUUAUGUUCAUCUUGAUCAUCCUCCUAUCUACGGGUUCAGGUGAAAAUGAUGAGGAUUGGAAGUUUUGUGGCGUCUGGCGCCAUGGCAACGGCCCCCUGAGCCUGAAGGUCAACCUCUCCCCAGGCUGUAGUGGGAUCUCAAUCUCAGCUGAUCAGAGCUCUCUGUCCAUCGAUGGGAAGAUCACAGCUCAAUGUCGGCGGUCGGAAGUGAUUAUUGAUCCUCUCAAGAGGCUUCGGCUCGAUUCAGAGGAAACCCCCUUCUGUCUGUACUGGGAGCCAUUGAUGGACCAGUUGAAACUGCAAAUAAAUCAUAAAAAAGAGGACGGGAAGAACCUGACUCUGUGCUGGCCCGCCAGUGUGCGGGGCCCCUGCUGCACUGAUCUGUCUGAUGGUCUGACCGCACCUGAAACACCUUACGGCAUCAUGAAUGGAACGAUCAAAACUGACUUUAUUACCCACAAAAUACGAGCAGCCUACAAAUAUGUUGCAGAUUCCAUCAAUUGCAGCGCAUUGUGUGAUCAGGGAUCCAAGCAGGGAUCCACCCAAGUCCACAUGAAUGUGGCUGCCGGGAACAUUGAGCAUCCCUGUGCUCGCAGCUCUGUGGUGGAGAUGGAGAAGGAUUUCAGAGGCGCCAACGUCACAUCACCUGUCACUAAAGGCAUAUCUGCAGAGUCCACUGCCACUGUCCAUCUCCCCUCGGCUCUAAAAGAAGCUGCAAAGAACACCACCAAAGUCGUUUGCACUUUCUACAAAAACAACUCACUGUUCCAGGAGGGUCACAAGAAGGACAGGAUUCUUGAUGAUGUGGUGGAAAUCACAGUGGAGAACGAGAUCAUCAAGGAUCUGCGCCAGCCGAUUAAGAUUGACUUUCACCAUAAUGCCAUACCUGAAAAGCAUCCAAGGAAAUGUGUUUCAUGGGACACCAGGAAAGAUCCAUUGCAAGUCAAUUGGUUAGUGGAUGGAUGUGAGACAAUACCGAGAGGAGAAAAAGACACAGAGUGUCUGUGUAACCAUCUGACGUACUUCACUGUUCUUGUGCAAAUAGAGCCUCGCCCAGUGCGCCACCUCCUGGCCCUGACCACCAUUACAUCUCUGGGCUGUGCUGUGUCUGUGAUCAGCUGCGUGGCUCUCAUUAUUUAUCUUUGCAGGAAGAGCAGGCGAUCCAAGGAGCAGUCCAUCCCCAUCCACUUUGGUUUAGCUGUGUCUCUCGCCUUCCUCAACCUGCUCUUCUUCUUCACGGGGGUCCUGGCCAACACGGGAGGGGAGAGUGUGUGUGUGUGGGUGGGCGCAGGCCUCCACUACACCCUCCUCAGCUCUUUCUCCUGGAUGGGCAUAGAAAUUUUCCACACCUUCUGGUUGGUCUACAUGGUUUUCAUCCCCUCUCCUAAGCCUUAUGUCUGGAGCCUGUUUGGCUUUGUUCUCCCUGCUGUUCCUGUAAUCAUUCUGGCUGCAGUAGGUGACAUUUAUGGACUGAAAAAGGUGGUGCCAAGCGAUGACAUCCACAAUCCUUAUCUGAUGUGCUGGAUGAAAGACGACCCCAAGGCCUUGCUGGCUCACUAUUUCACCAAUAUGACGAUCCUUGCCCUCCUGGUGUCCUCGGGAAUUGUGAUGCUCUUCUUGGUCUACAGGAAGAUCCGCACCAGAGAUGAAUGGAAGCAGAACCGAGUGGCUUUUCUCAGCAUCUGGGGCCUCAGCUGCCUCUUUGGGACAACUUGGGGUCUGACCUUUCUGGACUUUGGACCCCUGUCUGACUUCGUCCUCUUCCUCUCGUGCAUCAUCAACUCUUUUCAAGGUUUCUUCUUGAUGCUGCGGUUCUACAUGCUGGACUGGAUGCGGAAACAGACCGGAGGCUCUUCUCUAGGCAGCAGCAGCACCGGGUCGACCCGACAACACAUGCUGCAGACCCAGGAGAAGAGUUAGAGAGGCUUUAAAAAGGUGUGGCGCGUGAUACAGUGUAAAAAAGCAAAGCUGCAGUAACAAAGCUUUUAUGUCUUGUUAUCAGAGUAAAUGACAAAAGGGAGAAAAAUAUUCCUCCACUGAGCACAACACUGUAGAUUCAUUGCUUCUUCAGCUGAACCUCUGUUGUCAGGUGGUAACUGCAACUGAAGAGUGACUCCAUAAAUCAGUGAAUAAGCUCUCCAUACGUCAUAUUAUUAAUUAUAUUAUAUAAUUAAACAUCACACAGCAGUUUGAUUAGUUAUGAUAAGCGCAUUGAGUGCAUUUCAGCUUAUUAGAGCACCAGCUUUUCAAGUGAAAUCGACUUAAUCGUCAUUUGUGGGUGCAAAUUGUGUCCAUUAGUCAUCUCAUGAUAUUAAGAGUCACAACUCCAUAGAUUGUAUAUAUAAAGUGGACUGUGAUGUGAUUUGCAGACGACUGUUUUUGAAGCCUUGAGUUGGCAUUUUGGCCGUCGCCCUCUUGUUUUUUUGGAACCAGAAGUGACCAUAUUUGGACAUGUAUGUGGAGCCGGGGAGGAGUGUCCCCUUAUCAAUCUAACCAUUAAAGGUCAAUGCAUACUUUCAACCAUCUGCUCACUUGCAUAGAACAAUUUGGGUUUCCAUGUUAACUUUGAUAUUAAUUAGGAUGCUAAUUUUGGCCAUUGAAAAAACAUGCAUGAAACAAAAUGCACUUACCUGGAAAAAAAAAGAAGAGCUGACUGCUUAAUGUAUCUUUUAGUAUUACCAACUGAAGAAGUUUGGAAACCAGUGAUCAAAACCAUAAACUCAUUAUGAAAGUGUUUUUACUGAGGUAAUGAAUCAAGUAGUACACUGAAAAAAGAACCAAUUUAAU